GUUGUGCAGUUUGGAGGUGAAUCCCAUAGCUGAGUACUUCCGCUGUAGGCCGGCUGGAGCGGCCCACCUCUUCCGCUGCUGCCCCAGGUUUCUGGCCCCAGUCCCAGCCCCGGCUCCUAUCGUCCCUACCCUGUUUCUGAGUGGCCGCCGAGCGCACGCGUUCACGAUCCACAGGGACCCACGAGCUCCGCCGCCGCCGUGAUGAACAUCCGCAAUGCUAGGGUCUCGUUGAAUGGGCUCCAGUCCUGGAACUGGAGCAUUUUGCACGCCGCCUAGAAACCCGGCUUGUGUGGUCGUAUAGUAGCAACUCUGCCCUGCCCAGGGGAAAGGGAGGCCCAGAGAUCGACAGAGAACAAGGGUCACACGUGUGUGGACCUCUUAGUCACUGCAGCCCCGGACUAACCGUGUCCCACUGUCAUGCAGCCCGAGGACCUGAUGAACAUGCAGCACUGCAACCUUCUGUGCCUGCCUGAGAACUACCAGAUGAAGUAUUAUUUCUAUCAUGGCCUCUCUUGGCCCCAGCUUUCUUACAUUGCUGAGGAUGAGAAUGGGAAGAUUGUGGGAUACGUCUUGGCUAAAAUGGAAGAGGACCCAGACGAUGUGCCCCAUGGACAUAUCACCUCACUGGCUGUGAAACGUUCCCACCGGCGCCUUGGCCUGGCUCAGAAGCUGAUGGACCAGGCCUCUCGAGCCAUGAUAGAAAACUUCAAUGCCAAAUAUGUCUCCCUACAUGUCAGGAAGAGUAACCGGGCUGCCCUACAUCUCUAUUCCAACACCCUCAACUUUCAGAUCAGCGAAGUGGAGCCCAAAUACUAUGCAGAUGGGGAAGAUGCAUAUGCAAUGAAGCGGGACCUCACGCAGAUGGCUGAUGAGCCAGCCCCAGGGCCUGGCUCCUCUUGUCUCCUGUCUGGAGACUUAGGCCCUGUCUCUUUCCACCCGCUUCCCUCUGGGCUCCCGGCGGCAGCUGAGGCGGCACCUGGAGCUGAAGGAAAAGGGCAGGCACAUGGUGCUGUCGGCCAUGGAGAACAAGGCGGAGAACAAAGGCAACGUGCUUCUGAGCUCAGGAGAGGCCUGUCGUGAGGAGAAGGGCCUGACUGCUGAGGAUAGUGGUGGGGACAGCAAGGACCUCAGUGAGGUCAGUGAGACCACAGAAAGCACAGAUGUCAAAGACAGCUCAGAGGCCUCUGAUUCUGCCUCCUAGAACCUGCCCUACCUGGUCCCAACCUCACCCCAUGUGCUUUUUACAAUAAAUGUCACCCAGUGGCCUUGGGAAAUUUGUGAA